UUGUUUUGCAAAUGGAUUGCACCUGAUUAAAAGCUUGGUUAGGUGAGGUGAAUAUCAGCAAAAUCUGGUGACUCCAUCUUGGAAAGAAAGAGAGGUGAAACACAUUGGAGGCCACAAGACUGAAGCGGCUCCAAUGGAUGUUCUUGGUGAAAAUGAAGCCCUACAGCAGUUCUUUGAUGGGCAAGAUGUCUCAGGGGUGCUGGAGAGCGCUGUAGUGGACACAAGCAUUUUGGAGCAGUACCUCAGUAAUGAUGUGGACCCUACUUUCAUGUUACCAGAGUCACCCCCAGACUCUGGAUCAGAACCCUGCUCACCUCCACAAAUACCAGAUGUACACUAUGGCACUGACUGGUCUAAAGAGCAAGUGAAUCAGGAAGCACUUCGUCAGGUGGCACACCCAUCUGCAGCCUCUUGUCAUUUUAAAGACAAUAGAGCACAUGAACACUACACUGGCACAACACGUCACCACCUCCAUGACCCUGGGCUUUCCCUUGUCAAAGCCAAUGCAUCUGCACUGCCCCCUGUCCACCCUCAGUACCUGAACCCUGCAGAGAGCUAUGCAGAGGCCAGCACCUCCCCCACAGCGUCAGUCCCUGAAACACUCCAGCACCAGCAGUGCAUGGGCUCAAUGGGGUGCUACACCAGGGUCAGUGGACCAACUGCCCCCUCCUCUGUCCUUACAAACUCUGAACAUUCAGAAACUAUAUACCCUUUUCUGCACGGCAAACCUGGACCUGCACAGCAGACAGGGAGCUUUUUGCCAGACAGUAAGAAGAGGAGGCGCUCAGAGUCCUUUGAUGCAGCCAUAGACCAUCGACGGUGGAGGGACACAGUUUGGAUCAAACCCUCAUUCAGUCCAGAGAAUGGGGUAUGUGAUGUGCCCUCCUAUGACAAUGAUAUCACCAGUGGGAGCCCAGGUCAGGGCUCUCACCAACUCUUAACCUGGGAUAGAUACCAGCCCGGCCAGUGGAGCACGCUCUACAACGGCAACUAUGAGAGUCUCCCACCUCCUGCUUACCAUGUUGACACAGACAAAGGUUUCAACUAUUCCACUGCUGACGAGGCCUUCGUCUGUCAGAAGAAGAAUCAUUUUCAGGUCACAGUUCACAUUGGGAUGGUGGGAGAUCCUAAAUAUGUGAAAACGCCAUCAGGUCUUAUCGCUGUGGAAAGCUUCCACAUAAAGGUCUUUGGUGUUAAGCUUGAGGCCCAGAGCCAUCUCAUCACCAUAGAGCAGUCCCAGUCAGAUCGCAGCAAGAAACCUUUCCUGCCAGUCAAGGUGAAUCUGCCUGGAGACAAAAUCACCAAAGUGACACUUGGGCGACUGCACUUUAGUGAGACCACUGCCAACAACAUGAGAAAAAAGGGAAAACCAAACCCUGACCAGAGAUACUUCAUGAUGGUUGUGGGUCUUUAUGCCACUGUUAAGGACGAGGACUAUCUGCUGAUUGCCCAUGUGUCUGAGAGAAUCAUUGUCAGGGCCUCAAACCCUGGGCAGUUUGAAAGUGACAAUGAGGUGCUGUGGCAGAGAAGCCAAGCUCCCGAUUCGGUGGUAUGCCACGGUAGGGUGGGCAUCAACACUGAUACACCUGACGAGGCCUUGGUGGUCUGUGGGAAUGCCAAGAUUAUGGGCACAGUCAUGCAUCCCUCAGACAAGAGGGCCAAGCAAAACAUUCAGGAGGUGGAUUCAACAGAACAACUCAAGAGGAUUGCGCAAAUGAGAAUAGUGGAGUAUGAUUAUAAACCUGAGUUUGCCGCAAAGAUGGGGAUCGACCACAUCCAUGAAACAGGAAUCAUUGCUCAGGAGGUUAAGGAGUUGUUGCCCACUGCCGUGAGGGAAGUUGGAGACAUCACAUGUUCAGAUGGUGAAAGGAUUAACAACUUUCUCAUGGUGGACAAAGAGCAGAUAUUCAUGGAGAAUGUUGGGGCAGUGAAGCAACUCUGCAAGCUCACAGAUAACCUUGAGACUCGUAUCCAGGAGCUGGAGGUGUGGAACACACGGCUGGCUAAGCUAAAGAAUUUGGGCAGCAUACGCUCCAACAGCACAGCUGGCAAUAAAGGUCCACCUCCCCCAAAGAAUCCAACACCACUACAAUCCAAAAAAGCCAACAUCCGUGAGAAGUACAAACACUGUUUACAGCACAGAGUGUUUCAGGCCAGCAUCAUCAUGUUAGUGGCAACCAUGGCUUUAUGUAUAAUCUGUAUCACUGCUCUGUACUUGCUAACUCUUAAAGUGGACCUGGACUUUGACAGCAGCACUGUCAACUCCAGUGUGCCUCCCAUCCAGACUAGCACUGAAGUCAUCCCAACAACCUCUGGAAGCCCCUGGCCCCCUGAUGUGGAUUUCUCCAAUGUGUUUUACUCUGAUGAGAUCUACUGCUGUCCCUCCUUCACAACUGACAAUGCCACUGCUGUCAGUACCACUACCGGCCCCCUCUUUCCAAAAACCAGCACCACUUUACAAGGGACAAACACAACUAUACAGUCCAUCUUCAUUACACAAAACCUUCAGAUCAUUGAUGAACGUUACUGUCAGAAGGAUAACUGUGGGCCUGGGAACUACAGCUACUCGAUCCCCAUUAGCAAGUUUGUUCCUGUCAACAUGCCAGUCACUCUCAAGAUGAACACCACUGAGCUGCUGGUGGUUCACCUGUGUGGCUAUGAUCAAAGGAUUGAGUGCUCAGCUGUAAUGGAUUAUAGCAACUCUGACCUGCACAGUUCUAUCAACACACAGGGUUAUGAACAUGACUGGCCGUUGCCAGUGGCCCAGUACUACCAGGCUACUUAUCACUUCCGUGCAACUGUAGCAGGACAGGCAGAUUGCAGCACUGAUCCCAACUACAUCCAGGUGCUGUUUACAGACUAUCACUUUCACUUCUAUCGGAGGUGUGACUGA